ACAUAUCUUCUUCAUUUGCAUUUGGAAAAAAAUAUACCAAGUAGUUGAUCUUAAUUCUCCCGAACUACAAGGCAGAAUGUCAUCUUUGUCUCUUGACUACACCACGGACCGCAACCUUGCCACAGGUGAGGUCUUUCGAAUUUCUUACCCAAAAACUUCUGCAGCACCUCCAAAUUUUGCCUCACAGAGAACUACACAGAAGUCCGCUCCUUUGUCUACUCAACGAUAUGCAGAUCGUGGUCCGGAGACCGACGGGGCGUUCGAAGCGGAGACGAGUACUUUGAAUGAUAAAAAGCAUAAAAUGCGAAUGGUUGGGUUAUUUGCUGUAAUGGCACCUAGGUACAGUUUUUUCUCUCCUUUUUUAUCGAUGCAUUAAUUGAAAAAAAAACAAAAGCACAGCACUUCGACAAGGACAGCAACUUCUCAUCGACACCGGAUCUCGCUCCCUCUCGCUCGAUGUUUGUGUGCGUUGUUGAGUGUGCGUGAAGAUCAUAAUUGCGAUCCAUCGGUACUUGACUAUUGACCUAUAUCUCACUUGUAUAUUUCAAUCGCCUCGCUCGUACAUGAUUUCGACUCGUCCGUUCUUGCAUUUUGAUUUACGGUUCGUCUACGUCGCCUACUCUCAUGUAUACCUCGCUCGCACUUGGAUAUUUGUCGUUUACAUAUUCUAAGACCUAUCGUAAAUUCGUACUCUCUCGUAGCUCGUACGGGUCGUAGCGUAUCGUCAUUGCUCGAUCGGGUCUUCGUUUUUUGCCUUCGGUCAUCUUCGGUCUCUACGAUCUAACUUUCUUGAUCCCGGUUUGUGUGCGUGUUGUGGUUUUGCUUUCUUCCUCCGACCUUUUUCCUUCCAACACGUUAAAGCGGUGAGUGCAUGGAUGGUGGAGCCGGCGCCUGUAACCGCCAUGUACACUGGGAUCACCGUUUUAAGCGAGCACCAAAGUUUUUCCUGCCACUUAGGGCUACUUUUCCCAAAGCAGCGUGGUUUCGAAUUCUUUGGACGUUACAGGCAGAAGUGUUGUCCCCUCCUUCAUCUCUCCGUUGCGUUGUUACUUCAUGUUCUUCCGUCUCUGCAUCUAAGAUCUAGAACCAACCAAACUCAACAAGGCCCAGAUCGUGGUCCGGAGACCGACGGGGCGUUCGAAGCGGAGAGUAAUAAAGACCUCCACGAGCAAGAGCAGUUGCGAGACCCUGUAUUACACAUAUGCUCGUCCGAGGACGAGAACCAGAAGUACAAUCUGCGCACCAGCCGGACAAAUCUCCUAGCUCGGGUUUAUGUCCGAAUAAAAACCCGGUUGCAACUUGUCGGAAGGAAGCUGAACUCGCUGAAAAAAACCCUGCGAGAGAAGUUCUACCUGACCUUCCUGCCGAUAGACUACCCGCACUCGGUCGGGGAGGAGUACUUGGAAUUUCAGGUUUACGACUCCCUGCAGGGCUUAUGCAGCUACCUACGCGGGGUCUUGUGCACCAAGGCGUUGCUGGAAGGCGCGGGCGUUGGAGGCGAAAAGGGUGGUGGUUCCAACAAGCAAACCACCGCCCUCGCCGCGACGCUGAUGUGGGUGGCGCGGGAUAUGGUGGGCAUGGUCACGUCCGUGAUCUUCGGCUCCCGGUUUUCUGCGUCGUUCUCCGCGUUCAUCAAGGAUAUCAUUUGUAAAAACGUCCCCACCCCAGAGUUGCAAUGCAAAUCUGCAUGCUGAGCAUGUUUCUCAUGCGGAGACCCAUGAGAAGCAGUUUCUAGUCGCGUUUUGGGAUUCGUGAUGCUAGAAGCAGCAUGAUAUGCUAGAUCUGUGAUGCUGCUGAGCAAGCUAAACUAACAGGAUUACACUACGAGGCCAAACUUGUCAUGCGCAACAGCAACAGCUGACAGAUUUGUCUAGCAGACUUCCCAGCUUGAGUCUGGUGUGGGGACGUUUUUACUCAGGAUAAAGGAGUGGAGGUUCUUCGCGGAUGUUGCGAACGACGUAGGGCUAUCAAAUGCAAAAAUGUCUAGGUCUCGAAGAAUGCAAGAUUUGUCGUGCAUAUUUCUCAUGACUCAUACUAGUCUGUGAUGUAUGCCCUAGCAUUACAGAUUUUUAGAACCCUUCCUGAUGCACCUUCCGCAUGGGAAAUGGCCCGUCCGUGUAGCACAAAUUGUACCCCUCUUGCUGGUCAUGCAAUACAAAUUUUUUUAGAGUCCAAAAACAGCAUGAUAAGUUGCAAUCUUCCAGAGGACCCAGACACUUUUGCAGUUGAUAGGGGCAGUUUCUGGACAUGCUGUCCCCAAUCGCGCAGAGCCUCUCCGACACGAGCACACUGUGGGUCCCGCUCCCAGUUGUGUUUUCGCUGCAACGAGUCGUGCAGGUUUUACUUGGUGCCUCGGAGAGCAGUACUAGUUCACUCCCCGGGGUGGACCACGACGACGAAGGUCGCAGCAGUUUUUUCCGUCUGCAUUGGGUUGACACGGAAGUGUAUGGAUUGCAAAAGUGUCUGGGUCUGGAAGGAUGUAACUUGUCAUGCUGGUCUUGCAUUCCUGUGAAAUCUGUACUAUUGCGUGACCAACAAAAGUUGUAGCCUCUCAUGUCAUUACAAAAACGCAGUUUCUCAUGCGGACCUCGGAUGGGAAAGCGUUCUGCAAACUUGUCAUGCUUUUCUGCAUAAGGAAGUGUUUUCCUAUUGCACAUUUUAGCAUUACAAGUUUCCAGACCCAGACAUUUUUGCAUUUGAUAAAGUGAGUCUGUAUUUGCUCCUGCUCACGCUGUCGGCCAUUUGCAAGUCCACCUGCGGUGUCGCGGCCGGAGCCGCAAAACUGUGCACCACGUACCACUUUUCAACGUCGCGGCCGCCCUUUUCACCCUCAUCGAGGGUUGUAGAAGAGGAAAACAGUACAACUGGUGCUGUCGUGCAUGAGCAACAACUUAACGCACCCUCCGGGUGGUCGUCGGUAAAAUCCGCUUCCAAACAUCCAAGAGCGGUAACCACCGACCCGGGCGACAUCGCGACUAAGGAAGGUACGCAAGAGACCGCGGUGACUUUAUUGGGAGGAAAAGUCCCGCCUCCUCCCCAUAUUGAAAACGCAUCCGUCUGAAAAUUUGUGAUGUAUUUUUGUGACCACCAAUCCUGUCUGUCUUGCGAGAUGAAGGCAAAUCUAGAGAGUCAGCCACAUUAUGCAGGCGGUUUGUGAUGCAGGAUGUUUGCCGUGCUAGUCACCUACCUCAAAACUUCUCGACUCAGGAAUGGCAUACGCCUGCAGCCCUUUAAUACUGCAAGACGAAUCUGAUUUGUGUACGGAAAUCCAGCAUAAGAAGCAUCGUUUUGAAAUGGGGAUGCUUCGCUUUGAUAGAUUUUCCUCGGCCUUCUGCUUGGCAUGCUGUUCGCGUCGGUAACGGAGAAAAUCGAAAACAGCUUCGUUUUUUCCUGUAUCAAGUGCAAAUAUGUCUGGGUCUGGAACAGGAAUGCGAGUUUGUCAUGCUUGGUCGACAAUACAGAAAAGUCUGUCAUGCUUGUUGAGGUACAGUGGUGCUUGUUUGCCAUGUAAAAAGGCCAUGGAUAUAGUCGCUCAGAAACUUGUCAUGCGCGGCUCCGCAAUACUGUAUUGCGUGUGAUUCGGACAUUAGCAUGACAACUUUCCAGAUGACCCAGACAUGUUUCCAAUGCAUAUCCUGGCUGCUGUUCCUCUUUCUCACGGUUCUGCACGUGGUGUUCAACUACCGAGCGGUCCGGUGCCUUAUCCUGUGCAAAAGUAUCGUACUCGUAUUGUAGUCAUGCAUUUACAAAUCUUCCUCUCAAGGUAAAUCAGCAUUACAAAUUUUUUUUCUCAUGCUGAGGAAAGUUGUAAUGCAUUUGUACGAGGACGAUACUUUUGCAAUGCAUAUGCCUGCAUUUGCGAACGCUGAACCGAACGAGGUUUUGCCUUUUGGUGGAAGCGUACGUGCGUGACGUUGUGAGUAGAGGCCCCCGUGAUGAACAAACAUCAAAAUUGGUGGGAACUAGCUGCCCUCUAUCCAUCCGCAGUAUUAACGCGCGCGAAACGCUGAGAAAGUGUUGGGAGGUGAAUCUGAGCAAAACGCGACCUAGACUGGCGGAGCUGCCCCUCGGAAAAGUUGUACCCGCGGCACAUGGUAUUGGUGGCGAGUUGUACUAUGCGCACAUCACGGUUCCGAACAGAUGCGUCGUAAAACACGUACAGGAGGUGGUGGAAAGCAAAAGAAGUGCGGGUAGUUGUACGCUCGUUGCGUCUCUUCUUGCGGUUCUUUAUUUUCGGUCCGGGGGCAGUAAGACCCUCGGAGGACGAGUAAAGAACCAGGACCAGCAAACCUGCAAGCACGGCCCUCCCAUCGUCGCGGCGUUUUUGUGUGAGGAGGAGGAGGAGGACGAAUUAGGCAGGACCGUCGAGAACAACUUCUCUCGGUCCCCACUCAACUCCACAGCGGGUUCCGCGGGCGCGGCUGCUGCAAUUCCACGGCCUGCUUCCAGCGUCGUCUUAGGCGGAUCCAGGGAAAGUUUCAAAACGAAAGAAGAAGAUGAACCCACAAGAAAUACCACAACUUCUAGCGCAAAAGAAGUAGAACAAUCCAGCACAACUACAAGUACCUCCCGAUCGAGAACAUGUUUGCCUUUAAGAACGUCUACACCUGCCGAGAUGGAGGCCUUUUUCCAUGCGUGCUGCCUGCACUUCGCGUUGAGUCACAAGUUUUACGACAGUGCACAACUCCCCCUCCCCCUCAUUUGUAUAGCAUGAACGGCAAUAAAAUCACCAGCACAGAAGGAGCCAAUGCAUGACGAAUUCAUGCGCCUAUUGUAGUACUGUUUGGGCUCCUUCCGGAAUCUGUCAUGCAAACAGUGCCACAGGGAAGCGCUUCGAUUUGGGGUUUUGCAUGAUAAAUAGGGGGAGUGGGAGUUGUGCACUGUCACAAGUUCGCAACCGUCGACGAGUUCCAGACCGCAGUGGCGAAACAGGAUUUUGUAUCCUGAGGAAAAACGUUAACGCGCGUACCCCAGAAUUAUCAUGCAAAUUUGCGUUACUUACAACACAGCGAGGAAGGUGGCUUGCGAAAUAUGUUUCUUGACCUGUGUUUGUGUUGCUAGAUUCCCAACACGACAACUCUGGGGUCGUGGGGACGUUUCCGCGGAGGAUAUUGUGAACGGUUUUUGGUGCUGCUCGAAACGUACGGCUGGGACACGGAUCCCACCACGAUGAAGCUGCAGCCAGGCCCCUGGCGGGUGGCCAAAGGAUAAGUAUGAGUACUAAAGUAAGUAUGUAAUCGUCCACCUAGCUGCAACAUUCGGAUGAAGCAUAGUCAACAUAGAGGAGAAGUUGUAGUGCAGUAGGUAGUACAAAUAAAAGAGCAAAAAUUUCUACGCUGUUCAUCUUGAACAUAAUUUCUCCGGACGAAAACAACUCCGGCUGUGAGGGGACAAAUCAGGGUGCACAGUAAAGAAUACACGUGGGCCGCCGGCAACGCCACGAAGCAGGAAAAUUAUCUGCACAUCAAAAGGAAGACACACAGACACAGGCACGUGAAAGAGCGAGAAAUGCUCCACUUACAACACCUUUUCCUUUGUUGCUUGUUUUUUCUUCCUCUGGCGGUUCCUUCGGAUGGGGGAUCUUUUUACUGCCACGUGUCAAGCAAGAGAUCCAGAUUUUUGUCUGCGGCUGAGGUUGAUGUAGACUGGGUUCCGCUAUCCUUUUUCAAAAUUAUGUACGAG